AUGAUUUUAUCUAAGCAAUCUUCAGUUUCAAUUUCAACACUCCACACUUUAACAUUUUUUCUAUCCCUUCUCUUAGUAGAUUGCCAAAUCCUUGAGACCCCAUCACCACCACCACCCGAUUCAAUCCCACUAAUCCCUGACCUUUUAAACUUCUUAGACCAGAGGGUGGCUCUGGUCUUCCCCAUUGUUCAAACCUUCAAGAACACAAUAACCUCAGACCCUUUAGGAAUAACAACAACAUGGGUUGGUCCAAAUAUAUGCAACUACACAGGCUUCUACUGUGAUAACCCACCAGACAACCUCACUGCCACAACCAUUGCCUCAAUUGAUUUCAACGGCUUUCAACUGACCGCUCCAACACUUGAUGGCUUCAUCGACCAACUCCCUGACUUGGCUCUUUUCCAUGCAAACAGCAACAAAUUUUCGGGCACCGUAUCACCAAAAAUAGCAGGGCUCAAGUUCCUAUACGAACUUGAUUUAAGUAAUAACUUGUUCUCCGGGGUAUUCCCCACAUCGGUAAUCAACAUCCCCACCUUGUCCUUUUUGGACAUUAGGUACAACCUUUUCACUGGCACAGUGCCCCCACAAAUUUUCAUGCAAACAUUAGACGUUCUUUUCCUCAACAACAACAACUUCAUGCUCACACUGCCCAACAACCUAGGAGACACACCCGUCGUUUAUCUCACGUUGGCCAACAACAAAUUCACCGGCCCCAUUCCCCGCAGCAUUAGAAAAGCCUCGCCCACGUUGAUCGAAGUGCUGCUUUUGAACAACCUUCUGACGGGUUGUCUUCCCUACGAAAUCGGGUUCUUGGGAAACGUGACAUUGUUCGAUGUUGGUGGAAACCUCUUAACUGGGCCAAUACCUUGGUCCUUUGGGUGCUUGAAGAAAGUGGAGCAGCUGAACCUGUCAAACAACUUUUUGUAUGGACAGGUUCCGGAAGUGGUGUGUGCGCUGGGGAAUUUGGCGAAUCUUUCCUUGUCUUACAAUUAUUUUACGAAAGUGGGACCUUUGUGCAAGAGGCUGAUUCAAAGAGGGGUUCUUGAUGUGAGGAAGAACUGUAUUAUUGGUCUUCCGGAUCAGAGACCAGCGAAGGAGUGCAUGGCGUUUUUCUUAAUUCCGAGGUCUUGUUUGCACCCUGCGUCUUUUAAUAUGAUACCCUGUCAAAUUCAUUGGACGAAACCGCAAGAGAAAACUGAGAGGCAUUUGCUUUCAUAUUCUGCACUUUCCAGAAAUAGAGUGGUUUUCUGA